GCGCACCUCCUCACCAGUACUCCUUUACGUGUGUGUAAAUGUGUGUGACACACACAUACACACAGGGAGAGAGAGAGAGAGAGAGAGAGAGAGAGAGAGAGGGAGGGAUGGGGCGUAUCAUCGAUGUGAGGCCGUCGGUGAUGCAGACCAGUCCAUCGUCGGAAGAGAAGAAGAAGAGAGGGGACUGUUUCUCUGCUUGGAGAGGAGGAGGAGGAGGAGGAGGAGGAGGAAUGGAGCGAACGAAGGGGAGGAAGGCCGUGGCUUCCCAUCAGCUUGAGCACAAACAGAUCUGCCCGAGAGCUGGCUGGGUGGAACAUGAUCCAGUGGAGAUCAUUAAGAACACACRCAUAUGUAUGGAGCAAGCCAUGGCAAAAGCUCGAUUGAAAGGGCUGCRCGUGGACGGGCGAGUACGCAGCAKUGGUAUAACAAAUCAGAGGGAGACGACAGUAACAUGGAGUCGRUCCACUGGAAGACCCCUGCACAAUGCCAUUGUGUGGAUGGACAUUCGAACAAGUGCCAUUUGCAAAACGCUCGAGCAAGAGUUGGAAGGAGGGAAGGAGCAUUUCAGACCCAUAACUGGAUUGCCAAUCACCUCAUACUUCAGUGCGGUUAAGCUGAAGUGGUUGUUGACGAAUGUGAGGGAGGUAAAGUCUUUGGCAGAUGCUGGUGAUGCAUUGUUUGGCACCAUUGAUUCUUGGCUAAUAUGGAAUUUAACCCGCCGUUUACCUGCAUACGACACGUUGGUGUCACCGCCGUCAUCUCCGCCGUCAUCUCCACCGUCAUCUCCACCGUCAUCUCCUUCAAAACCUAAGAGAACAGUUUUUGUUGUUGCCGAUGCGAUUCGUAGUAGUACCAGCGGAGGAGGGGGAGGAGAGGGAAGGGGAGGAGAAGGGGUUCAUGUGACAGAUUGCUCAAAUGCAUCAAGAACAAUGUUGAUGGAUUUGAGAAAGAUGACGUGGGAUGCAGGAAUAGCAGACGCACUGGGUAUUCCAAUGGGCAUGCUGCCGAAGAUAGUGAGCAAUGCACAGGUCUAUGGAGUGGUAGGAAAGGGGUGGCCUCUGGAAGGAGUACCUUUGGGGGGUUGCUUGGGUGAUCAGCAUGCUGCUCUGUUAGGUCAGUUGUGCACAAAAGGUGAAGCCAAGAGCACUUACGGAACCGGAUGCUUCAUCUUGUUAAACACCGGGGAGUCCGUUGUCUCAUCCAGACAUGGCUUGCUUACCACCAUGGGUUUCAAGUUGGGCCCGAAGGCAACACCGCAGUAUGCUUUAGAAGGCUCGAUAGCUAUUGCUGGUUCAGCUGUGCAAUGGCUAAGGGACAACCUAGGCAUAAUAACCAAGGCCUCCGAUGUGGAGGCCCUCGCCAACUCUGUAGCAAACACAGGGGGUGUAUAUUUUGUACCUGCUUUCAGUGGUUUGUUUGCCCCGUGGUGGCGGGAGGAUGCACGAGGAGUCUGUGUAGGCUUGACGAGGUACUCUACCAAGGCACAUAUUGCCAGGGCUGUGCUUGAGGGCAUUUGUUAUCAGGUGAGAGCUGUAGUGGAUGCUAUGCGGGAAGACCUCGGGCGAAGGAAAAGUGCUCUUACUGACAAGAGGAAGGAGAAGAAGGAGAAAGAGGAGGAGACAGAAGAGGAGGACGAGSAGGAACCUUUUAUGUUGAGGGUGGAUGGAGGUGCGUCGCAAAACAACCUGCUCAUGCAACUGCAAGCCGAUCUGCUUGGCUGCUCGGUUCUCAGACCAAAAGAUCCAGAGACCACAGCCCUGGGGGCAGCCAUAGCAGCCRGAAUUUCUGUAGGCAUGUGGACAGAGGAUCAGGUUUUUGCUUCAGGGGCUCUGCAUCACCAUGAAAACAUCGUUCAGAGCAAAAAUGACACUGGGGCGAAGUCUAGCAUGAGUACAAACAAAAGCAACAAGGAAGUGGGCGAGAGCAGUGUUGCAGUGUUUCAACCACAUAUUUCUGAUGAGCAACGGCAGAAAAGAUAUGUGUCAUGGACACGUGCAGUUGAGAGAUCGAUGAACCUGGCAGACUUGUACUGACAUUAUGUGAAGACUUGUUUGAUUUGUCCUGCUCAGUGUAUCCCCUGCACCACUACCAAAGUCACACUCAGGCUCUUUCUGUGGGGCUAGGGAUGUUGGACCUGAGUGGCACACUAUUUCUCUUCCCUCAACCACCCUCCGCACCUUGACCCCCCCUUCCACCUCUCCCUGUGUUUUCUUGAUCUUGAAAAUUGGGUGCAUUUUUUGAAUUUUCCAUUCCAUUGCUGCGCAGGGUGCAACCCGGCAAUUGAACAUU